AUGGUCAGCUCCUGUUGUGGCUCUGUCUGCUCUGAGGAGGGCUGUGGCCAAGGCUGCUGCCAGCCCAGCUGCUGCCAGCCCACCUGCUGUAGGCCCACCUGCUGCAGGCCCACCUGCUGUGUGUCCAGCUGCUGCCGCCCCAGCUGUUGUAUUUCCAGCUGCUGCAGGCCUUCCUGCUGCCGCCCUAGCUGCUGUGUUUCCAGCUGCUGCAGGCCCUCUUGCUGUAUCUCCAGCUGCUGCCGCCCCUGCUGUAGCAGUUCCAGCUGCUGUGGAUCCACCUGCUGCCGCCCCAGCUGCUGCAUUUCCAGCUGCUGCAGGCCUUCCUGCUGCCGCCCUACCUGCUGUGUGUCCAGCUGCUGCAGACCCUCUUGCUGCAUCUCCAGUUGCUGCCGCCCCUGCUGUGGCAGUUCCAGUUGCUGUGGAUCCAGCUGUUGCCGCCCCAGCUGCUGCAUUUCCAGUUGCUGCAGACCUUCCUGCUGUCGCCCUAGCUGCUGUGUGUCCAGCUGCUGCAGACCUCAGUGCUGCAUUUCCAGUUGCUGUCGCCCCACCUGCUGCCAGACUACCUGCUGCCGCCCAGCAUGUUCUAGUGGUUCCUGCUGCUGA